CUCCUCUCCUCCUGACCACUGGAACGAUUCGAGCGCACGCAGGGACUCGUCCCCACGGCCGCGGAUGGCAACAUGGCGACAGAGUUCCACAACCUGCAGGAGCUGAGGCACAGUGCGUCACUGGCCAACAAAGUCUUCAUCCAGAGAGACUACAGCGAAGGAACCACCUGCAAGUUUCAGACCAAGUUCCCAUCAGAGCUGGAGAGCAGGAUCGAGCGGACGCUGUUUGAGGACACUGUGAAGACUCUGAAUAACUACUAUGCAGAGGCGGAGAAGAUCGGAGGACAGUCGUACCUGGAGGGGUGUCUGGCCUGCGCUACUGCGUAUCUCAUCUUCCUCUGCAUGGAGACACGUUACGAGAAGGUGUUGAAGAAGAUCGCCAAGUACAUCCAGGAGCAGAACGAGAAGAUCUACGCUCCCAGAGGUCUGCUCAUCACAGAUCCCAUAGAGAGGGGAAUGCGUGUUAUAGAAAUUUCCAUCUAUGAAGACCGGGGCUCCAGCGGCUCCAGCUCAGGGAGCAGCUCUGUGUCCGGCAGCACUGCUCGAUGACUGGCUACCUUCUUAAUACCCAUCCCCCUGAUCAUCAACCCCCGGAGAAGUCAGGACACUGAUACCUCUCCUGUCCCAAAACUUAACACGUAUAAUCCCUCAGCUAUGUUCACACAAAGGAUUCACCAGCUUUUUUUCUCUUUAGCUCAUGACCUGACAUCACGUGCUUGAACAGUUCCAAGCUUUUUUCACAGUGAACACUCUUCAGUCUUAAUCAUCCUAAUACUUUGUGUGAUCGCACCAUUAACGUCCUUCCUGUUUUGUCUGGUGGGAGAUAAAAAGGACGGAAGGAAGAAAAUGGAGGAUGUGUUAGUGUUGAAUCGGGAGUGACGACCGCAGGCCUCAUCAAAACCUCAUACCUCAGCCACCACAGCUGCACCGCACAGUCCAGCCUCAGCGGCGCCCUCACCGACUGGGAAACUGGCCUGACUACAUCACCAUCCACGCUGCACCACCAUACACUGGCUUUUGAAGAUGUUAUCUGUAGCUAGGACUGAGUUUCUGGAUCGUAGCAAAUGUAAAAAGGAUGUGCAAGCAUUUGAGCAGGGCAUCACCAAGUUUCACUUUCACAAAGAAGCUCUUCCUCCAUCGACUCUGCUGUAACUCAUACUGUCUAGUAUCAGAUGAAUGUCACUCAGCUCAUCCAUUUCCAUGAUGUAGCAGAUCUUCCAUAUCUCGCACAUGAAAGUAAUUAGACACAAAUGCACCAAUCCAAGUAGUAACCUCUUGGUUUCAAUGAGUGAGACCAACUCUUCCUAAAUUUAAAUUAUGCAAAGACGUAGUGUGCAUUAUGUUAUCCUUAGUGGACUAAGGAUGGGUCAGAAAGUCUUCCUGAAAUCUUACCUGUAGUGUUUGAAAAAUACGUCAAACUUCCAAAGAACAAUAACUGCCAAAAAAAAAGUGACUCAGUAAUGUGAAUGUGUCUUUUAUUUUGGUGACAUUGUUCGAGAACUGUCUUUCUUAUCGCUUGUUGUUUGAUACACAGCGACGAGGUAAAUAUGACUGGUGUCAGAUAAAUACUCUUUCAUCACAGGUG